CAUUUUAUAGGAUGAAUAUCAGAAUUUGUACCAUUGGAGCUUUAGCUGUUGGCUCCAUAUUCAUUAUUAUUGGUAUUAUUUCUCUAACUAUCAUUCCACUGACGAUAAAUAAGGAAGUUAUCAAGAGUGAACAUUUGGGUUUCGAUGAGAAUGGUACUUAUAACAUAAUGACCCAACGCUGGAUUGAGCAGAAUUAUUCAAUGAAACUCAAAAUAUGGACCGUUUCUAUAACAAAUCCAGAUGAUGUCAUUCAACAUGGGAGCUAUCCUGCGCUUGUUGAAAAAGGACCAUAUGUUUAUACAGAAUAUCGGAAGAGAGUGAAGGUGGAUUUCAUGCGAAAUAAUACUCGUGUAUUGUUUCGUAAUCGACGUUAUUACAUCUACAACGAAAAGGAGUCAUGCUCGAACUGUAGUCUGAAUGAUCCGGUAACCAUACCAAAUGUUAUGUUCCAGUAUAUAGUUAAUAUUGCCGCUGAAAGUGGUUUUUUGGUGAAGGAACUGAUCAGAAUUGCUCUUCGUCGUUUCAAACGUGAAACACCAUUUAUCCGUGUCACUGUGAACCAGAUGCUUUUUGAAGGAUAUGAAGACCCGCUGAUCGGAUGGAUAUGUAAUAGAAACUUGACUCGUCCUCUGUGUGCUAUUGCAGGGUUUCCAAUGCGCAUGAAAUUCUUGGAAAAUGGUACAGAUUAUGGUGAAUAUUUGAUUGAUACGGGAUUGGAAGAUACCGGCAAAAUUGGUCGGGUGUACGAAUGGAAUGGACGAAAUGAAACACCGUGGUGGAGUACUGCACAGGCACGGAAAAUCAAUGGAACAGAUGGGGAGCUGUUUUCACCAUUCUUAUCAAUAUCCGAUGAUUUGCCUAUUUUUCUUGGAGAUUUGGGCAGAUCAGUUUACUUACAUUACGACAAAUCAGUGACAUAUGGGCGAAUACCAUCGUAUCGCUUCGUGAUUCCUUCGAAAGUUUACGAUCCGUUUUUGCCAGAAAAUAAAGGAUUCUGUAGUCAAGAAACACCACGCUAUUUCGACAGUGAUGUACAACCUCGAGGAUGCCUACCUGCUGGUAUGUUUGAUAUUGGUCGCACAAAAUUGGGAUCCCCCCAUAUCUAUCUCUCCGGUGUUCAUUUUUACAACUCACCUCCACAAGUUUAUCAAAAUUUCACUGGUUUCCAGCGUCCAGAUAGCAGCGAUGCAACAUAUAUUGACAUUGAACCAUAUACGGGCGUUGUCGUGAAUGCUUUUGCAGCUUCUCAAAUAAAUAUUGGAAUGAUAAGUGGCAAUUUAUACAUGCUUGGUAAAAUGCCGAACAUGAUUGUACCUGUACUAUGGAUGAAUGAAUUGAUAAACGUGGAUGAACAAACAAAAAAGGAUCUCGAAACGGUCGUGCUCAUGCCACGAGGGGCACGCAUUCUUGGUAUUUCGCUGGUGGGUGCUGGUUUGCUUCUUUGGAUAGUUUUCCUGAUAAUCUCGUUGAGAAAUAUUUACUUGGGGAGGAAAGCUGAUGAUGAAACAUCACAUCUGAUUGAAGAUGGCAUGGGAAACUGAGACGAAUGAAAGCUGUUUUUGGGAUGAAAGAAUUCCAAGUUUGUUCGGUUAUUCUAUCGAUGGAAAUUUAAAAAUAUGCUUAUGGCCGUCACUCAGAUUUUAAUGGUCUUACCAAAUCAUUUAAACAGCUAUUAAUUAAAAUACUGUAAAAAGAUAACUGAUAAACAUGUAUUUUGAAUACUGUAAAAAAGUAUAAAUACGAAAGCAGAGCUGGGAAUGUUCACGUCCAGGACAAUAAUAUUUUUGUAUAAUUCACAAUGUAAUUUGUUUAGCAAAUCGAAUUUUUAUGCUUUUCAUGUAUCCUUCCGUAGAUGUGUUUAUAUUAAAAGUACAAAAAUUCUUUUAUUGAGAAUUGUUAUUCACAACGUAAGUGAGGCAAAAUACUGACCUUCUCUAUGUUAAAAUAAAGCUAUAUUUACAGCCUCUAAAUAUAACUUCGACUUCCAUUUAUUACCAUCGAUUGCGCUGGUAACUGUUCUUACCUUAACUGUAGGUGCAAGGAAGAAGUAUUAGGCUUAUUUCAUCUUGAUAAGUCUAGUAUCUCAUAGGUUAACACAACUGAUAAGUUUCGUCCGAAAGUUUUAGAAAAAGGAUACCAUUAUUACAGCACUGCGCGUUUUGAAAUAAAAAGGGACUAUGAUCAAAAACGGAGUCAGGUAUACAAGAUAUGUUCAGGAUUCUUUCAAGAAAAGUCGGACAAGUAUUUUUGGGCUGCCAUUUCCGCACUUUUAAAUUUAUUGAAACUGUUCUCAUUCUUGAGAAAGGUUCUAGUACUUUGGAUUACGU